UUGUUUAAACAAUAAUGAAUUUUUUUUUUCUUUUUUUUUUUUAAACAUUAUUAAAUCGAAAUUAAUUCACUGUGAAUAUAAUUUAAUUUUUUAAUAAGAUAUUUCAUUAGAUUGAAUGUUUGUAUCGUAUUAUGUCAAUCAUUGUUACAUUUUCUAGGUUAAUGUCAGGCCUUUAACUUUCAAUGAUCGCCACUUGGCGUCGCUAUUUUACCAUCACAGCUGUGAACAUGUUUUUAAUCAUAUGAUAUUAUCUUAUCGACGUAUCCCUCGAUAAUAUGUAUAUAUGCAUAUAUUUACCCGUUGAUAGUAAAGAGGGCGUCUGCAGAAUUUGUCAAUGUUAACAAAUUUGAGCUGGAAGUGGUAGGAAGUUCGAAGAUUCUUGGAAUUUCAUUAAAUACUACUACAUACGUAUUUACGUCGUUCCUUAUGUUUUAUAUUUAGUACUAGAUAAAUUAAUCAUUUGUUUCUUUUCUUCAGUCAAAUUCAUUCCAACGAGUAACAUAAGUUGACAAUUAUUUUAUUAGAUAGUUUUCUCAUAUGCAUGAAAUGUGACAUACCAAUAGUAAUUACAUUAUUCAAACGUGAAUGGUUUUUCUAAAUUAAAGAAAUAAUUAUAAUAUUGCUCAUAGAAAGAGUUCUUUUUUAAUGUCUAAAUUGAAACAUAGAUAAAUCAUUUAAUAUAUUAUAAUUAAUCAUGGAUAAGUUAAGGAGAGCUUUGAGCGGUAAAGAAGAAUGUGAUGAAGAAAGUGGUAUCAUUACACAGGUUAUGGAUCAAACAACACUAAGUUGGUCAACUCGCAUAAAAGGUUUUGCAAUUUGUUUUGUCAUAGGCAUUCUUUGCUCCUUCCUUGGAUCAUUCGCCUUAUUUUUAAGAAAAGGACUCACAGUAUUUGCAAUAUUUUAUACAUUAGGGAAUAUUAUUUCGCUAGCAAGUACUUGUUUUUUGAUGGGUCCAGUAAAUCAAAUAAAAAAGAUGUUUGCUGCAACAAGAAUUAUUGCAACUAUUUUAGUAUUCGUAUCGAUCGGUAUAACAUUAUUUGCAGCUUUACAUUUACACAAUCCUGGUUUGGCUCUUAUAUUUAUCAUUAUUCAAUCUAUAGCAAUGACUUGGUAUUCCUUAUCAUAUAUACCAUACGCACGAGAUGCUGUAAAGAAAACUGUUGAAUCUUGUAUCAUGUAAACAUAUAUUGCUUAGAAAAGAAAAAAAAAUAUCAAAUACCAUUGUAUCAAUCAUAUAUAUAAAAAUCUGGAAUUUCUGUACAUA